AGCAGGCAGGGAGGCAGCCCCCGAGAGGAAGAAGUCUCGCCUAUCGUGCAGGGAGGCAGAAGGCUCGCCUAUCGUGCAGCCCGGCCGGCGCGGCCGUCGGUCUGCGUCUAGGAUAGGAAGGUCCCGCGUGUUCUCCCCCAGCGGAACAGAAGCCGCCGCCGCUGCGCGGCCGGGCCCUGUUCGUUGUCUGUGUUUUUUUCUUUGGAGCCUGGCGCCCUGGUGCCGCCCUUUGUUUGUGGGGCGGGGGGCGCCCACCUGGUGCCGGAGGGGGGGUGGCGCCUUGGGGCCGGCUCUGUGCCCUUGCCUCGCUCCGCUAGCCCGGCCGGGCGCUGUGUCUCUUCCGGCCGUGUGCUCUCUUGCCCCCCCGGACCGGGGUGGUGUUGCCCUUGAAUAAUUCGGGUUGGCGCCCCCCCGCCCAAACGCCGGGCCCGCCCCCCCGUCCUAUCAGCGCCCCGGCCCGGGGCCGGGUGGGUGGCUGGGUGGUGUGUCGUUGCCAGAUUCAGGCGCGCAGAGAGACAUCCGCGCCGCCUGGCCACCCCUUGGGUGGCACGCGCGCCCGCGGACGGAUCUUGGUGGGGCCGGGCCUAAGCGCAAAUUAGUGUAUGAAGAUUGGAUACAAUUUGGCCACGCGUUUGAAGGAGCCUUGAAACAAGCAAAGUAAGGAAAAAUAUUCAGGCAACAUCAUGCAAGCAAGGCGACGCAGAGCGCUUCCAUCCAUCGCAGAGGCAAU